AUGCCUCGCUUCAACAUUCUCCAGCUGCUCAUUGCAGUGCUGAUGCUCCUGUCGGUUGUCAUUGCCACCGAACAGCUCCCUCAGGACAAACUUGUCCACCGUGAGUCUUUCCAGGACAUCCUCGCCAACAUCGAUGUGAACCGCAUUCACGAUGCUCUCCACGUGUUGUCCGACAAAUUCCAAGACGGCGUUUUCGAAACUGACAUGAGUGCCCUCGAGGCCCUUCAAGGUGAAGAUAAGAAGAUUGCCAGCAUCUUCAAGGUUUUGAAGAGAGAUAGCAACGCGACCGCCAGUGCUUCUGCCAACCCCACCACUGAGGCCGCUAUUCCAACUGAGUCCAGCACCGAAGCUACCACCACUUCUGAAUCUACCAAGGCAACCGACUCCACCUCUACCUCGACCACGACAUCCGUGGCUACCACCCUCACCACACAGACAAGCACCUCUUCCAGCUCGAGCUCCUCCAGCUCGUCGUCCACCUCGACUGAAUCGCACUCCACAACCACUAGCUCUGCUAGUCUGAGCACCUCCACCUACAAGAGUACCACUACUCUGCCCGAUGGCACCCUCGAAACUGUCACUGCUGUGACAGUUGUGCACGUCACCCCAACUGCUUCGACAGCGACCACCACCACCUCCCACCCUGGUCUCCAGACCGGUGGUGCUGCCAUGAACAACGGUCUUGCUCGGGAGGUCGCCGCUAUGGUCGGCGGUGCAGUCAUUGUCGCCAUGGCUUUGUAA